AAGCCAUGCACUACAACAUUUACUUUCCCUUACCCAUCCUUUCUUUCUCCCGGAAAUCAUGUCUGCCGUCACUACACAAGCCUCGGCUGCCGUUUUCCGCCCAUGCAUGUCGAAAACUAGGUUUCUUACCGGGAAUUCCGGUAAGUUAAACCGGGAAGUUUGCUUCAAAUCAAUGUCAUCUUCAUCAAUCAGCUCAUUCAAAGUUGAAGCCAAGAAAGGGGAGUGGUUGCCUGGUUUACCUUCACCGGCUUACCUCACUGGAAGUCUUCCAGGUGACAAUGGUUUCGACCCUCUUGGAUUGGCGGAGGAUCCGGAGAACUUGAGAUGGUUCGUGCAAGCAGAGCUGGUGAAUGGCCGCUGGGCAAUGUUGGGUGUUGCGGGGAUGCUUUUGCCUGAAGUAUUCACCAAGAUUGGGCUGAUCAAUGCUCCCCAAUGGUACGAUGCUGGAAAAUCCGAAUACUUCGCAUCCUCCUCCACCCUAUUUGUGAUCGAGUUCAUAUUGUUCCACUACGUGGAGAUCAGACGGUGGCAAGACAUCAAGAACCCAGGAUGUGUGAACCAAGAUCCCAUCUUCAAGCAAUACAGCCUGCCCCCACACGAGUGUGGAUACCCUGGUGGCAUUUUCAACCCCCUCAACUUUUCUCCUACACUUGAGGCCAAGGAAAAGGAGCUUGCCAAUGGGAGAUUGGCAAUGUUGGCCUUCUUGGGAUUCAUAAUUCAACACAAUGUGACUGGGAAAGGACCAUUUGACAACCUGUUGCAGCACCUCUCUGAUCCAUGGCACAACACCAUCAUCAACACAAUCAGGGGUUAUUAAAUUCAAUUUCCCAGUUUUUGAGUUUUCCUUUUUUUGUUUUUUAAUUCAAGAUUUCAAUCAUCUUCUCAUUGCAAACAAAGUAGCUCCAAUUUACGAGUAAAAUUUCAGAUA